UCAGCUGUUUCAUUUGGAAAAAGAAAGUAUCCAGGCAUGCCAGUGCCUCAGAAACUCAGCAAGACAUCUCGGGGAAAGUGGACAGCAGCGACACGUUAGUGUUUUUCCUCUUGAUUUAUUCUCCUUGUGUAAUCUGAGAGUGCUGUACAGUGCUGUGCUGAGUGGAGACAUCCACAACGCUGAGUUUGGAAACAGUGCGAGCUUCGGAUCCGACAUAGUUUUACACUUUACCAACUUCAUGGGAAGAAACCUAUGCACCAUGAGAAGUUUGUGGAUGUUUCUCUUCGUCAACAUUUUGGGAAGAGCUCUGUGGGGUUUCCCGCGGCGUUGUAGAGAAGGCAGAUAUUCCCAAGGACGGUGCAGACCUCCUGAGGAACAACCCAAAUGUACAGAAAUCAUGUUGACGUACUGUAAAGACAUGCCCUACUCCACCACCAUGUACCCUAACCUCCUGGAUCAAAAAAGUCGCACUGAGGCUGAGCAGAGUGUGGAGUAUAUGCUUCUAAAUGUAGUUCAUUCAGUGUUAAAUGGGGAGUGCAAUCCAGAUAUACGCAUGCUGGGCUGCUCCAUCAUAGCGCCACGCUGUGAGAACAGCAAGAUCCUGAAGCCCUGUCGUAGCACCUGUGAGAGUGUGCACAAGGCCUGUGACCACCUGUUUGAGCGAAUUGGAAUGGCCUGGCCUUACUACCUGGACUGUGACCGCUUUUUUGUUAGUGAAGAGGAGGGCUGCUAUGACCCACUGGAAGGCCUGAGAGAGAAUGUGGACCCUGAAAUGGAUAGCAUUCCAAUAGAGGAGUCCUCAUCAGUAAUCCCAUUCACGUAUCACUCCAACACACAGAUGUUCAACAUCCUCAGUAAGACUGCAGAAGAUUGCUCUCACAUUUCAAGGACAUACAGCAUUGGAAAGAGUUUUGAAAAGAAAGACCUGCUGGUAAUUGAGUUUUCAAGCAACCCUGGAGAGCAUGAGCUAUUGGAGCCAGAGGUCAAGUACAUUGGAAACAUGCAUGGAGAUGAGGUGCUGGGCCGAGAGCUGCUAAUUCACUUGGCUAAGUACCUGUGCUCGGAAUAUCUGUUGGGAAACACACGGAUCCAGACUCUCAUCAACACCACACGCAUCCACAUUUUGCCUUCCAUGAAUCCUGAUGGUUAUGAGUUAGCUCUUUCUGAAGUGCUCAGAGAUUCAGACUCAGAGUACGAUGAGGAUGCCAUAUACACAGGGCAGACAGCUGGCCGUAACAAUGCCCAGAAUAUAGACCUCAAUAGGAAUUUCCCAGACUUGACUUCUUAUGUCUACAACCAGCAUAAAAUCAAGCACUUUCGCAAUGACCAUAUUCCCAUCCCAGACUCAUACUGGUUUGGUAAGGUUGCUCCAGAGACAUAUGCUGUUAUGAAAUGGAUACGGUCCAUUCCAUUUGUUCUGUCUGCUAGCUUUCAUGGAGGGGACCUGGUGGUGUCUUACCCUUAUGACCUCUCAAAGCAUCCUCUCCAAAAGAACGCAUUCUCUCCCACUCCAGACGAGCAGGUCUUCAGUCAGUUGGCCAAGAUGUACGCAAAUGCCCAUGCUACAAUGUCUAGCCCAGACACUGACAGGUGUGGUGGCAACUUUGCUGAUAAAGAGGGGAUUGUGAAUGGGGCUCGGUGGUACAGCAUACAAGGAGGGAUGGGAGACUUUAAUUACCUCCACACAAACUGCUUUGAGAUAACAGUAGCGCUGGGCUGUGACAAAUUCCCAGCAGAGGACGACCUAUAUACAGGCUGGAAAGAAAAUAAAGAGGCUCUAUUAACUUUUUUGGAGUCGGUGCAUAUGGGAAUUAAAGGAAUUGUCAAAGAUGAAGAUGGCAAUGGCAUUAAAGGAGCUGUGGUGUCAGUCAGAGGGAUCAGGCAUUCCAUCACCACAGCUGAAAACGGUGAUUAUUGGAGACUGCUGACACCAGGCAUCCACAUUGUCAGUGCCUCAGCAUCAGGUUAUAGCAGAGCCAUAAAGAAGGUGCACCUUCCUUCUCACAUGCAGGCUGCUGGUCGUGUGGACUUUGUGCUUAAGAAGGUUCCAGUGGAUCCAGAAAUGGAUAAAAUAAACACCAUUCAUAUGAGCAACUACGAUCAUUUUGACCCUUAUAACAUUCUGUUACAAUAUAAUACGAUGGUUAGGCUAAGGAAGAAGGAGAGGCAACAGAAACCAUGGUGGUGGUCCUAUUUCACACAGUUGAAUAACCAAAACCCCUCCUGGCUCCUAAGGAAUUAGCUCCAUCUAGUGCUUUGGCAGUAUCUUCACAGCCUGUACUUCCUGGGUCUAUUUUAUGAGAAUUAUUGAUUAGUCCAUUGUAGACAUAUAAAGACAUAUAAAAACACCUCUACUGAGAUUUCACUGCACGGUUUACAAACUUAUAUCAAACAAAUAUCCAUUAUAUAUAUGUAUAUACAUAUAUAUAUAUAUAUAUAUAUAUAUAUAUAUAUGUGUGUGUGUGUGUGUGUAUGUGUGUGUGUUUGUGUGUGUGUUUGUGUGUAUGUGUAUCAAGAAAAAAUCAUUUUGAAUAUAUAUACUUACCAAUAUUGCUGUUGCAGUAUUUUAACAUCUUAUAUAUUAGAAAACCCAAAAUAUCUUCUAUAAAAAGGUGUGGGAAAAGUAUUGAGAUAUUAAACUUAAUAUUAUAAAAAGACAGUAUUUGUGAUAUGUCAAAAUUGUGCUCAAGUGAAAGGUAUGUAUUUGCUCCUUUGCAGUAUUAAAAAGUAAAAUAAAAUGUUUUAACUAAUAAAAUUAAGUGACUUUAUUAAAUCAUAUAAACUGUUUAGAAGAUGAAUAAAACAUUAUACAGUCUCUGUAUGUUUGCUGGUUAUAUGCUUGGCUAAUGUUAUACAGUUUCUAAUGAAUUAAUCUGAAAUAAAAUAUCUUAACUACAGCCCUGGAAAAAAAUAAAGAGACCACUGCCCAAUCUCCAGAUUUGAACCCUAUUGAAAACCUCUGGAAUGUCAUCAAGAGGAAGAUGGAUGGUCACAAACCAUCAAGCAAAGCUGAGCUGUUUGCUUUUUUGCUAAAAGAGUGGUAUAAAGUUCCUCAACAGCAAUGUGAAAAACUGGUGGAGAGCAUGGAGCCAAAACAUGCAAAUCAGGGUUAUUCCACCAAAUACUGAUUUCUUAAUGUUAUUUACCCAAAGCAUUAACACAAUUUGUUUACAAAUUAUUUGCAUUUUGUUUUAUUUGAGUUAUUAAAGCUCUGCAAAUACUGCAUGA